GCGUCGAAGAGGACGAAGGGGAAGCAUGGAAGGGGACGCGGUCGAGAGCGUCGCCAUCGAGCAUGAGAUGGAGACGGCCUUCCUCGCGCAGCUUGUCCUGGACAUCAGCACAUCCUUCUUCCAGAUCGGGAAGCACAUGAGCCUCCGGGGCGACGACGGCGCCUACAACGAGGCCGUCGCCGACGACUUUGGGCUGGACACGGAGACGCUGCGCCACUUCAUCACGGACCCGGCGAUCCGCGUGCUCCGCGUGCUCUGCCGGGACAGCGGCGACGGCGUCAAGCUCUCGCUCGAGACGGGCGAGAAGGAGAAGCCCAAGGCCAAGCGCCAGAAGGUCCCCACGUUUUGCCUCAUCAAGACGCUCAAGACGCGCGACAAGCUCACGCGCGACGGGUCUGUGAACUCGCAGCUGCAGCUCGUGACGCUGGGCACCGAGGACAUUGGCACGCUCGUGACCUUUGUGCAGCACUCGUUCGCGCCGCUCUUGCAAGCCCACGAAGGCCAAGAAGACGACGGCGGCCAGAGCCAGAGCAAGCGCAUGCCGCUCAUUCGGAAGCGCCUCAAGGAGCUCGAGGUCGCGAUGGUUCAGUUCCAGAACAAUGUCGAGAUCCCCGACGUCGACUUGAAGAUCCACCCGGACAUUCAACUCGCCGCCGACAAGCUCCGCGACUCCAAGCAGAUGGGCAGCAUUGACGUCGACGCGCUCGGGUUCUCGGAUCGGCUCAACGACACGGCGUUCCUCAACGACAUUCAAGCAGGCGUCAACCUCUGGAUCAAGGAAAUCCAAAAGGUCACGAGCCUCGUCAACGAACCCGUGGGUGGCUCGGCGACGCAAGAGAUCAACUUUUGGAGUGACUUGCACCGCGCGCUGCUCGCGACGCAGAAGAAGCUUACGUCGCCCGAGGUGGAGAUCACGCUUGCGAUCUUGAAGCAGGCGAAGCGGUACCUCGUCACGGUGACGUUCGCGGCCGACCACGGCCUUGGACCUGCGCUCAAGACGGUCUCGAGCGUCAUGAACCUGAUGAAGGAUUUUUCGCUCAACGCGAUCCUCUCGGCCACCGACAUCCCACAGACCACGAGUGGCAUCAACACGGUGUUUUUGCAGCUCAAGAAGGUGCGCCUUGCGGACGAGUACAAGCUCUCGCGCGUGCUCUCGCUCGUCGAGCUCGUCUCGAGCGAUCUUGCGCACCAGAUCACGACCGUUUUGCGCACGUACAACCUCAUCCAAGUGUCGUACGAGCAGUUUGACGAGGUCGCCAAGCAGUGCCACGACCUCUUCUUGACGUGGCAUCGCCAGCUGCACGCGUUCCAGGAGCUUGUCAAGGACCUCAGCAAGCGCCGGGGGACGUCGAAUUUCGACCGCGUGAGCUCGCUCGUCGAUAUGAGCUUAGAGCACCUCGCGAUUGAAGAGCGCAUGAAAGAGCUUCAUGAGUUCCGCGAGCAGCACGAAAAGCUCCGCGUCGUCAUCCAACGUGUGCUCUCGAAAACGACGGACGGCUCGGAGGACAUGCUCACGGACAUCAACGCGGCGUAUGCGCAAUUCAGCGCUCUUGAUGCCUUCGAUGUCUCGGUCGACGGGUCGGAGACAUGGAAGCAAGCGCGCAAGACGUACGAAGUGUGCAUCGACCGCAUCGAGGGAAGCAUCAUCGCGUCGCUCACGAACCGCCUCAACUCGACGUCGACAGCCGAUGAGAUGUUUCGCGUCUUCUCCAAGUACAACCCGCUCUUCUUCCGGCCGCGUAUCCGCAGCGCCGUGCAGCAGUUCCAAAUGCGCUUGAUUGAAAACGUCAAGGAAGACGUGACGGAGCUCCAGGUCAAGUUCCGUGCCCAUUACUCGUACUCGGAGGCGUCGCGCAUGAGCAAGUUGCGCGACAUCCCGCCGAUUGCGGGCGCCGUCAUGUGGUCCAAGCAGAUUGAGCGCAAGCUGCACAUGCUUCUGAGUCGCGUCGAGAGCGUGCUCGGGAAGGGUUGGGAACAGCACGUGGAGGGCAAGGCGCUCAAGCAGGUCGCGGACGCGUUCCUCUCCAAGCUCGACGCGCAGGCCAUCUUUGAUCACUGGGUGACCGAGCUCGUGAGCGUCCCGACGUUUGACGUGCGCAACAUCAUCCUCAACAUCGUCGCCAAGCCGUCGUCGGCUGGUGAGGACGGCAUUGAGCGCGAAGUGUGCGUCGCGUUCAACCACCAGAUCGUGACGCUUUUCAAGGAGGUGCGCAACCUCGAGUGGCUCGGGUACCGCGUGCCGUUCACACUCAAGAUGAUCGCCGAAGACGCCAAGGACAAGUACCCGCAUGCCAUGUCGCUGGACGCGAGCUUGAAGACGUACAGCAAUGUGUGCAAGCGCAUCAAGCCAGGCUUCGAGACGCUGAGCGCCUCGUACGUCCGCGAAGUGCGCACGACGAUCGCCAAGACGUUUACGAAGGACAAUGAGAUUCGGUGGCACGCCGACCACCUCGGCGACUACGCCCUGGACUUGGCCGCCAAGGUCGAGACGCUCAGCGACAAGGUUGACGAGCUCUGGCGCAAGCAGACCGACAUUGAGGCGUGUGUGAACGCGCUCUCGACGGCCGACGAAGCCACGUUUGGGGACUCGCUACGUGACAUUCAAAAGAUCGUCGACGAGCUCAACCUCGCAGGCUACAACAACCUCCAUGUGUACGUCAAGCAGCUCAACACGCGAAUCGGCAACGUGCUGUGCGGCCGCUUGGAGUCGGCGCUGCAGCAGUGGGUGCACGCGUUUACGACCGAGGCGCCGAGCGCGCUCGUGUCCGAGAAGGUCCACCAAGUGCUUUUGAAGAACCAGAUUCUCGUGCUCGAACCGUCGGUGGCGCAGGCCAAGGCCAUGUGGUUGCAAGAGCUCGAGACGAUCGUGUCGGGCAUCUGCCACCUGGAUAAGAUCCAGAGCUCGACGUACGACGCGUUCCAGCCGCUCGUCUCGAACGCAUCUCCGAGCCGGCGCCGCGCAAAACGCAAGGAGAACUCGUUCCAAGACGUGCUCAAGAUGCUUCCGCCGGGCCUGCUCCUCUCUUCGUACGACGUUUUGCACACGUGCCUGCAUGCGAUGGAGCAGUAUGUGCUCACGUGGCUGCAGUACCAAGCGCUCUGGGACAUGGAGGCGAGCCGCGUGAUUGGCAAGAUUGGCACCGACAUUGGCCAGUGGCAGCAGCUUCUCGUUGAGAUCAAGGACGAGCGCUCCAAGUUUGACACGGUCCAGGCCCAAGUCAACGUCAAGUACGACGCGUGGCACACGGAGUUCUUGUCCCACUUUGCAGAGAUGCUCUCGUCGCAAGUUGCGUCCUUUUACACGGAGAUCUCGGCCAAGCGGUCGCUUCUCGAGAUGCACACGCUCGAAGCGGCGACGUCGCAGGUCGUCGCGACGGUCACUAUGAUCCAGGAGCUCCGCAUGGCCAAGCCCGAGUGGGAGCUCUUGAUUGAAGGCUUUCUUGCAGGCGAAAAGGUGCUCAAGCGCCAGCGCUUCAAGUUCCCGCCGUCGUGGCCCGAGCUCGCCAACGUCGAGGGUGAGUGGGCGGCGUUCCUCCAGCUGCUUCAGCGCAAGACGGACGCGAUGGAAAGCCAGCUGCCGCAGCUCCAAGCCAAGAUUAUGGAUGAGCACAACGUCUUGACCAAGAAGAUCGAGGCGACCGUGACCGAGUGGGACGCGACCAAGCCACUCCAGGGCGCCCAGCUUCCCCAAGCAGCGUUGGACUUGAUCCAGCUCUUUGACACCAAGCUGACGCUGCUUGCGCAGGAUACCAAGAAAAUGGAGGCGGCGCGAAAGGCGCUCAACCUUGUCUCGCGCGGCAACGUCUCGUCAAGCGACGCCGACUUGCUCGAACGUACGAUGGAAGAGCUCGGGGGUCUGCGCGAAGUGUGGUCGUCGCUGGCGGCGACGUGGUCGCGCAUGGAAGAGCUCAAGGAGUCGCCGUGGUCGGCGGUGCAGCCGCGCAAGCUCCGAAAGCAGCUUGACGAGCUUCUCGACGGUCUCAAGGCGCUGCCCGCACGCGUCCAGCAGUACGAAGCGUUCGACUAUUUUUUCCAGGCGAUGCAGUCGUACAAGAGCACGAACAGUCUCCUGACGGACCUCAAGUCGGACGCGAUCCGCGACCGGCACUGGAAGCAGAUUUUGCGCCUCCUCAACAUCAAGUCGUCCUUCUCGGAGCUGAGUUUGCGGAGCUUGUGGGACGCCAAACUCGCGGCGCACGACAACACGCUCAAGAGCAUUAUCCGCACGGCGCAAGGCGAGAUGGCGCUCGACGAGUUCCUGCGCCAAGUUGCCGAGCACUGGACGACGUAUGCGCUGGAUCUGGUCAACUACCAGAACCGGUGCCGCAUCAUCAAGGGCUGGGACGACAUGUUCUCCAAGCUCGACGAGCACCUCAACAGUCUCCAGAGCAUGAAGCAGAGCCCGUACUACCGCGUCUUUGCCGAGUCGGCCGAGAACUGGGAAGAGAAGCUCACGCGCGUUCGGUCCAUCUUUGACUUUUGGAUUGACGUCCAGCGCCGGUGGGUGUACCUCGAGGGCAUCUUCUUUGGCUCGGCGGACAUCAAGCAGCAGCUGCCAAAGGAGUACGCGCGGUUCCAAUCCGUUGACAACGAGUUUGUGUCGACAAUGAAGCGCGUGACGCACAAGCCGCUCAUUCUCGAGGUCUCGAGCAUCCCCAACUUGCUCCACACGCUCGAGCGCCAGCAAGACAUGAUGGGCAGCAUCCAGCGCGCGCUCGGCGAGUAUCUCGAGCGCCAGCGCGCGGCGUUUCCCCGCUUCUACUUUGUCGGUGACGAAGACUUGCUCGAAAUGAUUGGCAACAGCAAGGAGCCCAAGCAGAUCCAGCGCCAUCUCAACAAGAUGUUUGCCGGUGUCGCGGCUCUUGAGAUGAACGACGCGGGUGCGAUCAUUGGUCUUGUUUCCAAGGAGGGCGAGGUCGUCCGCCUCAAAACGCCUGUGCUCCCGAGCGAGGACACGCGCAUCAAUGUCUGGCUCGCCAACGUCGAGAAGCAAAUGCGAUCGACACUGGCGUCGCUGCUCGAAGAGGCGCUCGCGACGACCGGCGACUACCUCGCUUGGGUGCAGUGGACGGAGCAGAUCGAGGCUGUUCUUCGGAGCCGCAGCAACGACUUUAGCGCGGUUGUCACGGCCGUCGAAGGGCUACUGCAGCUCCUCAGUGAGCGCGUUCUCUCAGAUCUUGCACAAGACGUCCGGAAGAAGUACGAGCAGCUCAUUACGGAGCUUGUGCACCAGCGCGAUGUGACGCGCCGUCUCAACAAGGCGCAGCUCACUGGCUCGGACGACUUCCGGUGGCUCUACCACAUGCGCCAUUACAUGUACCCGAACGAAGUCGACCCGCUCAAGAAGCUGCGCAUUUGCGUUGCGAACGCGUCGUUCUCGUACGGCUUCGAGUACCUUGGCGUUGGUGAACGCCUCGUGCACACGCCGCUCACGGAGCGCUGCUACCUGACGCUGACGCAAGCGCUGGACUUUGGUAUGGGUGGCAACCCGUUCGGUCCCGCCGGCACGGGUAAAACCGAGUCGGUCAAGAUGCUCGGCAUGCAACUCGGGCGCUUUGUGCUCGUCUUCAAUUGCGACGAGAACUUUGACUUUCAAGCCAUGGGCCGCAUCUUUGUCGGUCUCUGCCAAGUCGGCGCGUGGGGCUGCUUUGACGAGUUCAACCGCCUCGAGGAGCGCGUGCUCUCGGCUGUGUCGCAGCAAAUUCUGGCGAUCCAAGGCGGUCUCAUCCAGCGCAAGAAGACGGAGGCGACGUCGUCCGUCAUUGAGCUUCUCGGCAAGUCGGUUCUCUUGCACCCGGACGUUGGCAUCUUUGUGACGAUGAACCCGGGCUACGCGGGGCGCUCGAACCUCCCGGACAACUUGAAGCAGCUCUUCCGCAGUAUUGCGAUGGUUGCGCCAGACCGCGAGCUCAUUGCACAGGUGAUGCUCUUUUCGCAGGGCAUCACGACGGCCGAGUACAUGGCGGCCAAAGUCGUCCUCCUCUUCAACCUCUGCGAGGACCAGCUCUCGAAGCAGCCGCAUUAUGACUUUGGCUUGCGUGCGCUCAAGUCGGUGCUCGUUUCGGCGGGCCAGCUGAAGCGCAACUUGACGGCGACGUCGACCGCAUCGAUCGCCGACAUUGAAGCCGAAGCGCUCAUCCGGUCGGUGUGCGACACGGUCGUGCCCAAGCUCGUGGCGAGCGACGUGGCCAUUUUUGAGACGCUGCUCCAAGGUGUCUUUCCCGGCACCGACGUGCACCGCGUCAACGAGCCCGAGCUGCGCGCGCAGAUUGUCGAGAUUGCCACCUCGAAGCAUCUGGUGCCGCACGACAAGUGGGUCGAGAAGGCGCUGCAGCUCUACCAGGUGAUGCAGCUCCGCCAUGGCGUCAUGCUUGUCGGUCCCAGUGGCAUGGGCAAGACGACCGCGUGGAAGGUGCUCCUAGAAGCCAUGGAGCGCGUUGACGGCAAGAAGGGCGAGGCGUACGUCAUCGACCCAAAGGCGAUUUCGAAAGAGCAGCUCUACGGCACGCUCGACAACACGACGCUCGAAUGGUCGGACGGUGUCUUUACACACUUGCUGCGCCAAGUCCUCAACAACGUGCGUGGCGAGAGCGAGAAGCGCCACUGGAUCCUCUUUGAUGGUGAUGUGGACCCUGAGUGGGCCGAGAACCUCAACUCGGUCUUGGACGACAACCGGCUUCUGACGCUGCCAUCGGGCGAGCGCCUCGAGAUUCCGCCGAACGUCUGGAUCAUGAUGGAGACGGAGACGCUGAAGUACGCGACGCUCGCGACUGUGAGUCGCUGUGGCAUGGUGUGGUUCGCAACCGAUACGCUCGAGACGUCGCACGUUGUGGACCACUUUCUGCAGUCGAUCGCCAACGACAGCAGUCUGCGAACCACGUUUGCCAUGCAGGACGACGAGUGGGCCCACUUUACGGCAGCGCGAGGCAUCUUUUCCGAGACGUCGCGCGCGCUGUUUACGACGUCACCGCUCGUUGUUCACUGCCUCGAGUUUGCCAUGUCGCAGCCGCACAUUAUGGACGUCGACCGGCUCCGGCUGCUCAUGAGCAUGUUUUCGCUCUUGUCCAAGGGGCUCGUGCACAUUGCCGAGUACAACGAGUCGCACAGCGACUUUCCCAUGAACGAAGCGCAUGUGCAAGCGUUCACGCCCAAGUGGCUCGUCUUUAGUAUCAUCUGGGGCUUUGGUGGCUCGAUGGACAUUGCGCACCGCGUGAAAUUGGCCGAGUUUCUGAGCAGCAUCAACACGAAUGUGCCGCUGCCGACGCUCAGCACCGAGAACGCGAGUCUUCUCGACUUUGAGGUGCAGGUCAAGGACGGCGAGUGGGUGCCUUGGGUCUACUCGGUGCCGCAGCUGGAGCUCGAGAGCCACCGCGUGCUCUCGACCGACGUGGUUGUGACAACGGUCGAUACGGUGCGCCACGUCGAAGUCCUCCGCGGCUGGCUGGCGCAGCACAAGCCCCUCAUCCUCUGCGGUCCGCCGGGCUCGGGUAAGACGAUGACACUGACGUCGACGCUGAACUCGCUGCCCGAGUUUGAGCUCGCGAGUCUCAACUUUUCGUCGGGGACGACGCCGGAGCUCAUUCUCAAGACGUUUGCGCAGUACUGCGUGUACAAGAAGACGCUCCAAGGCACGAUCAUGAUGCCGCACGCGCCGGGCAAGUGGCUCGUCGUCUUUUGCGAUGAAAUCAACUUGCCGCAAGCCGACAAGUACGGCACGCAGCGCGUUGUGACGUUCCUCCGGCAGCUCGUCGAGCAAGGCGGGUUCUGGAAGGAGAAGAUCUGGGUGCACCUCGAGCGCAUUCAGUUUGUGGGCGCUUGCAACCCGCCGACGGACCCCGGUCGUGUCCCGCUCUCGUCGCGUUUUCUGCGGCACGCGCCCGUGCUCUUUGUGGACUUUCCCGCGUACAACUCGCUCAAGCAGAUUUACGGCACGUUCAACCGCGCGCUUCUGAAGCUCACGCCGAGCCUGAAAGCGUACCAGGUGCCCGUGACGGACGCGAUGGUGGAAGUGUACCACAAGAACCAGACGCGCUUCACGGCCGAGAUGCAGCCGCACUACAUUUACUCGCCGCGCGAACUCUCGCGCUGGAUGCGCGCCAUGUACGAGGCGAUCGAGCCCCUCGAGUACGAGAUCGACGUCGAGACGCUGGUCAAGCUCCUCUUCCACGAGAGUCUCCGGCUCUUUAUGGACCGCCUCGUGACGCCCGACGAGCGCGACUGGUGCUACGCGACGUCCAAGUCGGUGCUCCAGACGCACUUUCCUGGCCCCUCGCACGCGCUCGAGACGGGCGUCGGCGUCCACCACGAGCCGAUUCGGUUCAGCACGUGGCUCAGCAAGCACUACGUCCAAGCGACGACGUCGGAGCUGCGCAAGCAUAUUGAGGCGCGCCUCCGGGUGUUUUACGAAGAGGAGCUCAACGUGCCGCUCGUGGUCUUUGACUCGGUCAUCGACCACGUGUUGCGCAUCGACCGCGUGCUUCGGCAGCCGCUCGGCCACUUGCUUCUCGUCGGCGAGAGUGGCGCCGGCAAGACCGUCCUCUCUCGUUUUGUGAGCUGGAUGAACGGCAUGUCGGUGUUCCAGAUCAAGCUCACGACCAACUACACGCUGGCCAACUUUGACGACGACCUCCGCGUCGUGCUCAAGCGCUGCGGCUGCGACGGCGAGCGCAUCUGCUUCAUCUUUGACGAAAGCAACGUGCUCGACGCGGCGUUCCUCGAGCGCAUGAACGCGCUGCUCGCGUCGGGCGAAGUGCCGGGUCUUUUCGAGGACGACGAGCACACGUCGCUCAUGCACGCGUGUCGCGAGGCCAUUCGGCGCGACAAUGUCACGAUCGAGAACACGGACGACGAGCUCUUCAAGUACUUUACCAAGCAAGUGCAGCGCAACAUGCACGUGGUGUUUACGAUGAACCCGGCGGCCGGCGACUUUCAGAACCGCAGCAAGACGUCGCCCGCGCUCUUCAACCGCUGCGUCGUCGAUUGGUUUGGCACGUGGUCGGACCACGCGCUCGCCCAAGUCGCAUCCGAGUUUACGCUGCCGCUCGACUUUCAAGAGACCGACUACGUCAUGCCGGGCGAAGCGCGUGCGUUCUUGGACGCGCUGACGCCGAACUUGGCGUACACGUUCCACGAUGCGGUCGUCGGGAGUAUCGUCCAGUUCCACCACGCGGUGCUGGAGCUCAUGCACCGCCUCGCCAAGCGCCACGCCAAGGCCAACCACAUUUCACCGCGCGACUACCUCGAGUUUAUCCGGCACUUUGUGACGCUCUACGGCAAGAAGCGCGGCCAGCUCGAGGAGCAGCAGCUGCAUCUCAACGUUGGUGUCGAGAAGAUUGUGGCAACGCACAACCAAGUCGCGGAGCUUCAGGCGCAGCUCGGUGCCAAGGAGAAGGAGCUGCAGCGCAAGGACGUGGAAGCCAACGAAAAGCUGCAACUUAUGGUCGUCGAGCAGAACGAGGCGCAAAAGAAGAAGAAGGAGACGGAGAGCCUCGCGGCCGAUCUCACCAAGCAAGACGACGAGAUCCGAUCGCGAAAGGUCGUCGUCGAGCACGACCUCGCGCAGGCCGAGCCAGCGCUGCUCGAAGCACAGUCGUCGGUCAACUCGAUCCGCAAGACGCAGCUCGAUGAGAUUCGUGCGCUCGCGCGGCCGCCAAACGCCGUGCGCUUGACGCUGGAAGCCGUCGCGAUCAUGCUGGGCGAGUCGGCGCUCGACUGGGCCGACCUGCGCAAGUUUAUCCGAAAGGACGACUUUAUCGCGUCCGUGGUCAAUUUCGACUCGGAGAAGCUCACGGCCAAGCAGCGCGCGGUCAUCAACGGCAACUACCUCUCCAAGACGGACGAGUUUGACUACGAGAAGGUCAACCGUGCGUCCAAGGCGUGCGGCCCGCUCUUCAAGUGGGUCGUGUCGCAGAUCAACUACACGGAGAUUCUGCACCGCAUCCAGCCGCUCCGGAACGAAGUCCAGACGCUUGAAGACCAGAGUGCGGGUCUGCGUCAAGAGUACACGGAGGCAACCGCUAUGAUUGCGCAGCUCGAGACGCGGAUCCAGAGCUACAAGCAAGAGUAUGCAGCGCUCAUUUCCGAGGCGCAGCUCAUCUCGAGCGACAUGGCGACGGUCAAGAAGAAAGUCGAGCGCUCCGUGGCGCUGCUCGAGAACCUCUUGAGCGAGCGCGAGCGCUGGGAGGCGGGCUCCAAGGAGUUUGAGACGCAGAUGAAGACGCUGGUCGGCGACACGCUCCUUAGCGCGGGCUUUCUCACGUACCUUGGGUUCCUCGACCACCAGCAGCGCAAGCUGCUCGUCGAAGACUGGCGCGACAUUCUCGUCUCGAUGCGCGUGCCGACGACGGAAGGCCUCAGCUUUGUCGAGUACCUCUCGGCGCCGGCCGAUCGACUCUUGUGGGCCGCGUCGGAUCUGCCGUCCGACACGCUCUGUGUCGAAAAUGCGAUUGUACUCGCGCGCUUCCAUCGCUUCCCGCUCAUCAUUGAUCCGUCGGGGCAAGCCGCGAGUUUCAUGAUCAACCUCUUCAACAGCAACCCAACGACCAAGAUCUCGCAAACGUCGUUUUUGGAUGCGUCGUUUAUGAAGGUGCUCGCGAGCGCGAUCCGGUUUGGUACGGCGCUCCUUGUGCACGACGUCGAGAACAUUGACCCGAUUCUGAACCCCGUGCUCAACCGCGAGCUGUACAAGACGGGCGGCCGCGUCUUGAUCCGCCUCGCCGGCGAAGAGAUCGACUACUCGCCCGACUUUCGGCUGUUUUUGAUCACGCGGGACCCGAGUUGCCGCUUCUCCCCCGACAUUUGCUCGCGCGUGACGUUUGUCAACUUUACCGUCACACCGAGCUCGCUCGAGUCGCAGGCGCUCGCGCUGCUGCUCAAGAGCGAAGAGCCCGAGAUUGACGCGAAGCGCUCGUCGCUGCUCAAGCUACAGGGCGAGUACAACGCCAAGCUCCGGCAGCUCGAGGACGCGCUCUUGCAGCAGAUCAACAGCGUCCAGGGCAACAUUCUCGACGACGACCGCGUCAUCAACACGCUCGAGAGCAUGAAGGCCGAGGCGGCCGACAUUACGGCGCACGUGGCCGACACGCACGUGACGAUGGCCAACAUUGAGCUCGCGACCAACAAGUUCAAGCCGCUCGCGCACGCGUGCACGCAGCUCUUCUUUACGCUCGAGAACCUCGGGUCGGUACACUUUUUGUACCAGUACUCGCUCGCGUUCUUCCUCAAGAUGCUGACGAGCGUGCUCACGUCGACAUCGUCGGACCCGGACGGGCGCCUCGCCUUCUUGAGCAACGCGCUUUUCGCGCAGAUGGUGCGCCGCGUCGCCAAAGGCCUCCUCGAAGACGACAAGCUCAUGUUUGCGCUGCGCGUCGCCCAGGUGUACUUGGAGCUGCAGCACCACCAAGCAGGCGCCGACGUGCCGAGCCAGGCCGAGUGGGACGUCUUCUUCCAGCGGUUUGGCGGGGCCAAAGCUGUACCAGCGCUCACGGCGGUCGCACAUGAUGUGCGGGAUCGCGUCGGAAAGUUGCUUGGCGCUGCGUCUUUCGCGGCGAACGCGGCGCAUCUCGAGGCCAACCAAGACGAGUGGGCUUCGUUCCUUUGUCACGCGGCGCCUGAGACGGUCGUGCCGACGGGCUGGGACGUGGGCGUGACGUCACCGUACCGCGCGGCGUUCCGGACGAUGGCGCUUGUGUCCGUCUCGCGCCCGGACCGGUUCCCGUUUGCCGUCGAAGCGUUCUUGGUGGCCGUCUUUGGUGUGGACUUUCCGUGGCGCGGGCAGGUCGAGUUUGCCGACCAAGUCGCGCACGAGACGGAGGCGACGCGGGGCAUCCUCCUCUGCUCCAAGACGGGCUUUGACGCGAGCGGCCGCGUCGACGAACUCGCGGCGACGCUCCAGAAGCGGUUUGCGUCGGUCGCUAUGGGCUCGGCGGAGGGCUACGACGCGGCCGAGAAGGCGCUCAACACGGCCAUCAAGCAAGGCACGUGGCUCUUGCUGCGCAACGUGCACCUGUGCCCGUCGUGGCUGCUCACGGUCGAGAAGAAGCUCUACUCGGUGCGCGACUCGUGCCACAAGGACUUUCGCCUCUUCCUCACGUCCGAGAUUCACCCGCAGCUGCCGCUCAACCUCCUUCGGCUCUGCGACAUUUUUGUGUUUGAGCCGCCGAACGGCGUCAAGGCAAGCAUGCUCCGCACGUUCUUGGACGUGCCAUCCGAGCGCGUGAACCGCGCGCCGACCGAGCGCGGCCGGCUCUUCCUUCUCCUCUCGUGGUUCCACGCCGUGCUCCAAGAACGGUUGCGCUACGUCCCGAUCGGGUGGUCGAAAGCGUACGAGUUUAGCCAGAGCGAUUUCAAGGGCGCGUGCGACGUCAUGGACACGUGGGUCGACAGCAUUGGGCGGGGCCGCGCGCACAUCUCGCCCGACGCGAUUCCGUGGACAGCGAUCAAGGUCAUUCUCAAGGAGUCGUUGUACGGCGGCCGCGUCGACAACAAGUUCGACCAAGCCUUGCUGGAUACGCUCCUCAACACGAUCUUCUGCGCCGAGAGCUACGAAAGCACGUUUGCGCUUGUCGACGGCGUCGUCGUCUCGUCGGGCAAGACAAAAGAGCAGUUUGCCGACUGGAUCCACGCGCUGCCGAAUGCCAACUCGCCCCAGUGGCUCGGCCUCCCGAGCUCGGCCGAGAGCAUGCUCUUGACCAAUCAAGGCGCGCGUACGCUCCGACACCUCGCGCUCAUGCAAGACAGCCUCGGCAUGGACGACGGCCUCGAGACGGACGAUGUGGCCAUGACGUUUGGCAACGCUGGCGACGCCCGCCCCGCGUGGAUCCAGGCGCUCUCGCAAAGCGUCAUGACGUGGCGUGCGCUCUUGCCGUCGUCGGCCAUCACGUCGACGCAGGCCGCGUUUAGCAACCCCGUGUUUCGGUGCCUCCACCGCGAGAUCGAGGUCGCCAACGCACUCCUAGAUAGCGUGACGUCGCUCCUCUCCGACAUUGCCGCCGUGUGCACCAACACGCUCAAGCCGUCCAACGCGAUCCGCGACGCGAUGCAGGCGCUGCACAAGGGCGUGCUGCCGACCGACUGGCUCGACGCGUACGUUGUGCCAAAGGACAUUUCUCUGCUGGAGUGGCUCCACGAUUUUGCGCGCCGUCUGAGCCAGCUCCAAACGCUCUCGCAGCUGCCGAUUCAAGACGUGCUGCACGGCGGCGUCUGGCUCGGUGGCUUUUUCUCGCCCGAGGCCUUUUUGACGGCGACGCGCCAAGUGAUUGCAGCCGAGCUCCACUGCUCGCUCGACGAACUCGAUGUGGUCGUGACACUGACCAACGAGCACACUGGUGGCUUCCCCGUGCGCGGUCUGCACCUCGAAGGCAUGGAUUGGACGCCCGAGGGCGGGUUUCAAGUCACGGACGCUCUGCACUCGGCGCUGCCGUCGUGCUACUUGAGCUGGCGCCCCGUCAAGGAGAUGGACCCGACGCAGCUCCGGAAGCUCCCCGUGUACCUCAACACGCACCGGCUCGUGAUCCUCUUUGAAGUCGCGAUCCAAGUCGACCAAAAGCAGUUUGGCCAUCUCUGGACCGAGCGCGCGGUCGCCUUUACGGCGUGGCACCUCGAGCAGGCGUAGUAAAUGCCAUUCAAAAUACAUGGGACUACAUGUG